AUGUCAAAUCCCCAAUCACCGUUCUCAUUGGAUAUCAAGAACCUCAGCUAUGCAUUCCCUAAUAAGAAAGUUGGUCUCAGCCAUAUUAACCUUCAGAUACCUCACCAGUCCAAAGUACUGUUGGUGGGACCCAAUGGUGCUGGAAAGAGCACUCUUUUAAAGGUGUUAUCAGGUCAGAAAUUGGUAAAGGAGGGUUCCGUUCUGGUCAAUGGGCAUGAUCCAUUUGAACUUGGCGCAACCAGUAUUCCUGGAGUCGUUACGUACUUAGGUACAGAAUGGGCUAAUAAUGAAAUAGUCAAGAGAGACGUUCCAGUUACUGUCCUAGUUGCUAGCGUUGGUGGAGAUGACUAUGCGGAGAGAAGGGACCAUCUGGUCGACAUUUUAGAUAUUGAUGUGAAAUGGCGUAUGAAUCAAUGCAGUGAUGGAGAACGUCGCCGGGUUCAGCUGUGCAUGGGGUUACUCAAACCUUGGGACCUGCUGCUGUUGGACGAAGUAACCAUUGAUUUGGAUGUGCUGGUGCGAAGUCGUUUAUUGGAGUUCUUGACUCAGGAGACAGAAACAAGAAAGGCUACGGUUGUUUAUGCCACUCACAUAUUUGACGGAUUGGCCAAUUGGCCCACUAGGGUGGUGCAUUUGCGAGGAGGUCAAUUGGUGGACCACUUUGAAAUGUCACAAAUCCAGUUCACCGAGCCUACAGAGUCAUUCAAAACGGAUCCAACGGUUGCAGGCAAUCAAGUACGAAUUCCAAGAACAAACAGCCUACACCCAUUGGCAUUACAUUGGCUAACUAAGGAUCUCAAGGAUCGUGGGGAACGUUCCGAAGAUAAGACAAGACCGAGGUGGAAUGACCAGUCCCAGCAUGACGAAAACGUAUACUACCGUGACUCCGAAAGUAUAACAUCUUACUUCAAGACGACAAGAACCGUACGGUAA